GUGACACCGGCACUAAAACUCGAGAUCCGACUUCACCAUGUCUACGGGAAGAGCUCAUGUUCACUUCGACGAGAAGGAGUGCCUCAGCACGAAGUCAUCUCAUGCUUCGCCGGCCCGGUCUCCGACACCGAGCCCCGGGGCUUUUCUGCAGAGUAUCGAGACGCCCGUCGACCAAGUGGUCCCUCUAGAGGCCACUUGGGCAGAGCAUUUUAAGAAGCACGCCGUGCCAAGAAAGAAGAGCCCGCCCGUGCCACCUCGCCCCCAGAAGGUGAAUCGCCCUCAGAAGGCAGCCUCUCAGAAGUCCACUGGGACGAAGGACUCUACCAAGGGCAAGGCCACGAAUUCCCCCUACCAAGUUGUGCCUCUUGAGCGCACUUGGAGUGAGCACUUUAGAAAGCAUGCAGCGCCGAGAUCGCCGCGGACCAGGUCUCCGCAACUGAGCCGCUGCAUUUCGUCUUAUGAGAAGUGUGACUAUCACCACGGGGAUUUCACGCCCGGGGUGAGUGGAAGUCCUCCCAAGGAGGUCUUGGAGUGGGGGGCCGCUCAGCCCACACCUCUGAAGGAUCUCAUUGAGUUUGACGAUGACAGCUCUGUGUCAGUGUCACAGUAGGCUGAAUUCACCUAGAAGAUGGUUGCGGUUUGUACUGUUGUUGUUGUGGUACUGACUGAACCUUACUUUCCUUCCUUAUCUCAAUAGCUUAUCUCUCAAUCAAAGAAAACAGCGAUUUCCCCGCAGCAAUUCAUCAUUUCGCUCUC